AAACUCGUCCCGGGAUGCGGCGGGAGCGAUCGGCGCUCAGGGGCUGCUCCCGGCGCUGCGCCGAGCCCGGGUCACUGAGCGGGGACGGCCCCGGAGAGCGAGGCUGGCGAUGGAGCUCGGCAUCGGGACCGGCACCGGAGGAUCGAGGUCGGCUUGGGGCUGGGAGGGGGCUCGGCAUCGGGACGGGCACCGGCACCGGGAUCGCCGCCCGUGCCCCGGCGCCGCGGGCGGGAGGAGCCGCUCCGGGCCGGGCGCUGGGGCCGAGCCCGGCGGGGCCGCUCGGGCCGGGGCUCUGCCGGGGCCCGGCCGGGGCAGAACGGCGGCGCUUUCCUCGGGCAGACGCGGAGCCGGGGCUGGGACCGGCCGGGGCGCGGGGACACGCCGGGCCGGCCCCGGGACCCCCCGAUCCCGCCGGGCCCGCAGCGCUGCCCGCGCCCCCCGCCACGUCGGAGCUCCCGCGCUCGGGCACCCCCGAGGCCACCGCAGCCCUCCCGGGGAGAACAUCGCCCGCCUGCCCCUUCCCCGCGGCCCCGGCGGGUUCCCGCCCGCAGUGUCCCCCGGGAACGAGGGCUCUGGGGCCCACCGGGGCUCCGGCCGCGGGAUCGCUCCAGCCGCGGGGACCUGGGGUCGUGCCAGGGCAGGGAAAAACGAGGGCAGCCCUUUCCUCGUUCCUCCCGUGCUCCGGGACCCCCAGCAGAGCUGCCUGUCUGUCCCCGUGUCCCUGGGUCUGUCCUCAGGCGGCCCCAGGAGCCGGCACUGACCGUGCCGCGGGUCGGGCACAGGCUGCUCCCAGCUCUGCCUGCGGAACUUCGGCAAUUGCCUACAGCAGUUCUUUGCCCUCCCAUCCCGAAGGGGCAGCUCAUCUGACACCUGCCAGACGGGGAAGGUCCUGCCUGGGAGGGAAACGGCUCCAGGAGAGGAAACCAAGAAACGCUCCAACCGGACGCUGCCGCGCGAGUCAAAGGACGGAAGGACCGCAGGGAAAUCGAGUCAGGAAAGGCGCUUUUAUUCAAUCUCUGCAGCUCUCCCUCCUCUGCACGAGCCCUUCGCAGCCCCGGGCCGCAGGGAGCGCGGCCGGCUGGGCUGUGCCCGGCUGGGGACGGGCACCAAUUCAUCACUGCCCUGCUCAGGGAGGUGUUCCGGCCCCGUCCGGGAUUCACCCAGCGGCUGCAAAGGUGCUCGUGCGACGUCCGAGCUCGUUUCCAGGGAUAAAGGAGCCAAACGAGUCCGGAGGGAUCCCUCGCUCCGAGGCAAAGGCGUCGGUCGAGUGUCGCUGCCUGGUCCCGCCUGCGGGGGGGCGUCUCCUCCAGCCGGAGCCCAGCAGCCAGCAGCAGCCUUAAAGCCGGGGCCAUGUGCCCUCAGCGGCACUAAAGCCCGAGCCAGAGCCCUCGGAGAUGCCUGAAAAGAAAAGGGGAUGCUCGGAGAAAGUCGGGCUCGGAGGCAAUUCGCAGUUUUUCGGGGAUCCAACGGCAACCGCAGAGCCCGUGGACAGCUGGAACAGGUGGGGCAGAGCCGAGGUGCCCUGAAGGCAGGGAUGUGCAUCCCUUUGCUCGGGGAAAAGAACUCCCCGGGGCCGCUCCGAGGCUCCCAAGGGACAGCGGCUUCCCGGCCGGAGAGACGUCCUCGCCCGUGCUCAGGGGCUGCCUCGCCCCGGGCCGGGAGCGCGUCCGGCCCCCGCCUUCUCCUGGGCCAACACAUCCCCUGGAGCCCGGCCCGGGGCGGAGAAGCGGCCCAAUUCCAGCCAACUCGCUCAAGUCCCCCCAGGGACACCGGCGGGGCCGGGGCAGGAGGGUUACAAACAGCAAAGUCUGUGCAACAGCAACCUGUCCUUGUCCCGAUCCCGCUCAGCAAACCUGGAACCGCGGCUGCUUCCCGGCAAACCCGGCCUUAAAGCGGCAGCUCUGCAGGGGAACAGCCGGGCUCCAGGAGGCACUGGGAGGCCGUUCCAGCAGGAAUUCCCCAUGGAAUUGCGGGCUGGAGGUAGAAUUCAUCCAAACCUGCAGAGCUGAGACCGGAACCCAAACCUGGGCCCCCGCAGAGAACAAUCUUUGUGCUGCCCUGUCGGCCAAAGCCGCUGCACUGAGAGAUCUUGGCAGCCUGAGGGAGGGCAUUCUCUGCAUCCCAGCAACCAGCACCUCCCAAGGGGACAAUCCAAGUCCCAACCAACUCCUUUUGCCUUUCCACAGGGACAGUGACCCUGAUUUGGUCCUGCUCUCCCACGGUUCAUUUUGGGGGAUCCAUUUGUGCUGGUUUAUGUUCCACGACUCCACCCACAGCUGGAGGUUUGGGGCUGUGCUUCUCUACUCCCAGCAGGUUCCCUAAGGAGCCAGAUACUCCAACAAUCCCCUCGUUUGACUUUCUAGGUGAAUUCCACACAAGCCAGUCCCUCAUUCCCUAUCCAGGCUGGAAGUGCUCGUGCCCUUGGCACAGUUGGCUCUGGCUGGGCAGGAACUGAGAGCAGGACACGGGGCAGAGUGGAUCAGCUGCCCAGGGAACCUCCAGGAGAUGAAGCUACUGGAUCCUCAUUCCAAUCAAGGGAACACAUUCUGUCUCUGGCAGAAGCCGGGAGCCAAAGCAGAUCCCUCCUGGCCAGGCUGGGGGGCAGCAGUUGGAUCCACUCUGGGGGAAAGCCCCUGUGCCUGCCAGGAGCUCUGACUCUGUUUGUCCUGCAAGUUCCUGAUCAGUGUCAGGGCCACGGGGAGGGAUUCGGAAUCCUGAGAAACCCCAAAUCCUACCACAGGAUUCAAUCAAAGGAAGAAAGCCAUUCUUGUCAUAAAAAGCUUAAAAACCUGUUAAAAAUUCUAGGACAGCAAUACUGGGAUUCCCAGGAUCCUUAUUAGUGCUCUUGGUUCCAUUUCAAUGUAUCUUUAGUCCCUCAGGGAGCAGCUUGGAGAACUUCCCCUGGGAUUUGGAGGCUGAGCAGGGUUUGCUUUGGAUUGCCUUACACCAACUGGGGCCAAUGUGGUUAAACACACUUUCCUACACAAACAGUUGCUGUAUCUCCUAGAAAUUACCCCAAGGUUGCAGAUAAAAAUGUCACCUCUGUCCCUCCUAAGUUCUCCCAGGUUUUCCCAGCUGGGAGCUGCAAGGAGGCUGUGAAUUCAAAGGCAGAAAGAGAAGAUCUGUCAGCAAAAGGCACAAAGAAGGGGACAGGUUUCAGAAAACAUGUCUGCAAUCCAAGGAAUAACUCUUUCCAGUUUCCCAGGGAGAAAAACAGGAACUCACAGCCACCAAGGCCUGACAGUCCCCUGCAGCCAGAGCUCAGCACACACCCAGAGAGCCAAUUCCAGCAUCUAGAAGAAAAAAAA